CUCCAGGGCAGAGAUGAGAGGCGGCCGGGAGCCCUGGAGGUCUGGGGUUACGGUUUCCUCUGCGUGACCGUCAUCUCCCUCUGCUCGCUGGUGGGAGCCAGCGUCGUGCCCUUCAUGAAGAAGACCUUUUACAAGCGGCUGCUCCUCUACUUCAUAGCUCUGGCGAUUGGAACUCUCUACUCCAACGCCCUCUUCCAGCUCAUUCCCGAGGCGUUUGGCUUCAACCCUCAGGAAGAUUAUUACGUUUCCAAAUCCGCUGUGGUGUUCGGGGGCUUCUACCUCUUCUUCUUCACAGAGAAGAUCCUGAAGAUGCUCCUGAAGCAGCAGGACCAGCAUCACCAAACCCCCGAGGCUCUGCCGUCCAAGAAGGACCAGGAGGAGGGCGUCACCGAGAAGCUGCAGAACGGGGACCUCGACCACAUGAUCCCGCACAUCACCAGCGAGCUGGAGCGCAAGGCCCCCUCUGGGGAUGAGAAGGUCGUGGUGGGCUCCCUCUCCGUGCAGGACCUGCAGGCCUCGCAGAGCGCGUGUUACUGGCUGAAGGAGGUGCGGUACUCCGACAUCGGCACGCUGGCCUGGGCCCUGGCCGGAGGGAUGUUCCUCUACAUCGCGCUGGCCGACAUGUUCCCCGAGAUGAACGAGGUGAGCCAGGAGGACGAGCAGCGCGGCAGCACGCUCAUCACCUUCGCCAUCCAGAACGCGGGGCUGCUCACGGGCUUCGCCAUCAUGGUGCUGCUCACCAUGUACUCGGGCCAGAUCCAGAUCGGGUAG